GAGGAUGAAGACGCUGGUGGUGUUCCUGCUCCUCAUGAACGUUUCCCAGAAUGCCCUGGCUGUGGUGGUGGAGGUGUAUGAGGGGGAAAGGUCUGUCCUGCUGCCCCUUUCAGUACUCAAAGUUUAUACCUGAUGACCCCACAGUGAUGUGGACUCGCAAUGAUCUUGAUCCCAAAUCUGUACACCUACUACGAGACAGAGGAGAUGAUCUUGCAGGACAAAACCAGCAUUACAGCGGGCGCACAUCAAUGAGGUCUGAUGCUCUAGACUCUUCAGAUUUCAGCCUCACUCUGACAAAACCACAACUGACUGACAGCGGCAGCUACAUCUGCUCCCUUAGUGAUGGAAGAGAAGAACAAAGACUGACAGACAUAGAGCUGCAGAUAAAGGAUGACCACAUGGAGGUGAAAGUAGAGGCAGAGUCAGAGUCUGUCCUCCUGCCCUGUAAAACCCAACCUGACCUGCCUGAGAAGACCAGAGUGGAGUGGACUCGCUCUGACCUAGGACUGUUGAUAGUCCAUGUGUAUCCAAAAGAAACUAAAAACCAAGAUGACCUUUACCAUGGUCGCACAAAGAUGAACAAAGACCUGCUGAGAACUGGAGACCUCAGUCUGACCCUGAAAUACCCCACAGAGAGAAACAGUGGAGGAUACAUCUGCACCAUCUACAGGAACAAAGACAUCCUGAGACAGAAAGUAGUGCUGCAGGUCAAAGAGCAAUUUCCAUCCUGGGCUACGGCUCUGUUGGUUCUCCUGGUACUUGUUAUUGUGGUUUCUGGGGGUCUUUUAUUUUAUUUUCGGGACUAUUUCAUGUCAGAUUAUCAGGUAGAGGUGGAUUCAGGGGUGGGGUCUGUCCAGCUGCCCUGCAAAACCACAGUUCACCUGCCUGUAGACACUAAAGUGGAAUGGAAGGACAGAAACAACAGAAAGGUCCACGUGUACCAGAAUAGCCCUGUUGAGCAUGAAAAACAGGACCAGGUUUACAGAGACAGAACAAAAGUCAGGAGAAAUCUGCUGAAAACUGGAGACCUCAGUCUGACCCUAAGACACCCCACAGACAGAGACACAGACACCUACACGUGCACCGUCUACAGUGGAAAGGGAAAAAUCCUGAUGAAAAAAGAUGUUGAGCUGAAAGUCAGAGGAUGCUCUGACCAGUCAUGGAUCAGCAGAUUCAAUGUGUUCAAAGACUUUUGCUCAGACUCCACAGAAGCAGCUUUGUGGAGGAUUCAUGAGGAGACUCUGGAACAAUGA